AUGGGUGAUAUUAAAAUAAGUAUUGAAAAACCUUUCAAGAAAGCAUGGAUCAAUUCUUGUUACCAACAAACAUUGCUGCCAGGUUCUCCAUGGCAUAAGCUAGAAGCUAAGCUAGCUAGAGAAUUAGCUAACAGAGUAGAGAAACAAUUUGAUCAUUUAGAAAGAAAAGAAAUGCUGUUAGAUUUACUUGGUAAUCAAUUUGUACAGGAAUUUCUACCUAAUGUUCAACGUAAUCCAACAUUACUGGAACCACCUAAUUUAAGUUAUGAAAGUCGUCAGUUAUUGUAUGUGGAGGCUCAGGGUUGGUUGAAUAGUCAAAUGUAUAAAACAGUACGAGAACUUGGUUAUCAAAAUAUGUUGAAUGGCAACUCUUCUGAAGAUGAACCCCCAUCUGAUUUUACUGAUUUUUUACAACAUACAUUUAGUGUGUUUAAUGAUGGUUUAGAUAGAGAAUUAUUCAUACAGGAAAAAGACUUAGCUGCAAAGAAAAAACAUCAACUUGAUCGAGACAAAAGAAGAAAUGAAAAUAAGUUUAUACCUAAACCUAGUAGAUAUAAACCAGUGUCUAGUGCAUCAUUAGAUACCAAUACAUCAUCUAAACCCUCUUCUAGUCAAAUUAAAGCCAUGGUACAGAGAGUUGAAGGUGAUCCUCCACCAUUAUGGGGUAAACAGAGUGAUGAAGUUGGUGAUUCAGUUUUAGCUAUAUUACAACAUGAUCCAAGGAAAUUUGAACAUGUAGCAGGUAGAUUACAUGGAAGACAGUUACCAGGACAACUAAGAUCUUAUAUGUGGGCUGAUAUUCUCUUGAAAAUGGAACGCAAAAAAUUGAAGGACGUUAAUGCUGAGAAAUAUGUAAGAGAAAGAUUUGGUAGAGCAGUAUCAAGAGGGUUAACAGAUUUACAUGUACAGAGAGCAACACAGUCACCUAUUAAUGGGUUAAUACAGAAUGCUGUUAUUGAGACGUAUUCUAAGACAACUAGUAUGGUAGCUUAUAAAGGCAUGAAUCAUUUAAAAGAAACAGCUAGAGUAUUGAAUAUAUUGUAUGUAUAUGAUAGAAGUUAUGAACCAUAUUUAAUACAUUGGCUAUUUCCCUUACAAAUAGCAUUCCGUGGUAAAUCUGAUACAGUCAUUGAUAGAACUGGACAUGCUAUGGAUUUAUCAAUGUAUUUAGAUUUAUUGAAUACUAAUUGUUUUCCAAAAUGGCCUGAAGUGUUUGCUAUAGCUGAACAAGUUAUGUCUGUACUACAGAAAUCAGAUCCUGAAUUAUAUAACCACCUGCGUACCAUUUCUAGAAUUAAUGUUCAAUUUAACCCUAAGGAAUUUCUGGUUCAAAUGAUACAUGAAGAGAAGGCUAAGGCAGAAGCUAUAUUGAAGGCUACUGAUCCAGGUGCAUCAAGAGAUGAGAGUAUGUCAACUGAGUUAUUAGCUGAUCCUAUUAUUUUUAUUAGACGGUGGAUAGGAGAGGGAUUUGUUAGUGUUUUAGACACACCAGGUGUAAUGUAUGUUUGGGAUCAGUGUUUUAUGCAGGGUUGGACACAUACAGUAUUACAGAAUACAUGUCUAUCUUUAUUACAAUUGUUACGUCACAAGUUUAUGACAGUUGAAGAUUAUAUGGGUAUGAAAGAGGUAUUCCUUAUUGAACCAUGUAAACUGUAUACAGCUGAUGUUCAGGCCUCAUGGAUACAUUUAGAAAUAGGUAAACCUUUAACAGAGGUACAAUAUCUUAACAGACAAAGACCAAGUUCACCAUCAGGAACAAGAAGUCCUUCAGUACAUCCUGCAAGUCCUUUUCCUGGUAUAUUGCAACCUUGUGGUAUUAAAGGUGUUCGUAUAAAGUUAAUUAUACCAUUAGAAAUUGUACAAAGGGAACCCUGGUUAUUAAAUGUGAAGGCUGAGAAUUUAAAGCUUCAUUCAGCUAUUUAUUUUGGUAGUAUAAGAUUGAGAUCAAGGAUGAAUCUGACUCCAGCUAAAGUCAAUCGAACCUCCAGGGAUAAUUUUGGUAAUUCCAUCUACCAGUUGUCCUAUCCUCAAGAAAAGUUUGUGUAUGAGGCUUUGGAUCUCUUGGAGUAUGAUGUUGAAAGAGAAUUAGGAGCUUCACCAUAUGCUAUAUUAAGAUUAGAGUAUGAUUCAGUACAACAGAGUCAACAAGGAAAAGCUCCAAUAUCAGUAGGUUGGGCUAGAGUACCAUUAUUUAAACGUGGUAGUAGAGGUGGCGGUAGAGUAUCAACUGAUUCCUCCUGGUCACUAGUAUUAGGUGAUACAAGUUUUACACUACAUCCUGGACAAAUACCAGAUAGUCUGGUGUCAUCUUCACACCCUAUUACACCAUCUCUACCAUCAUUCUCUACUGAUAAAGAUGAAGCUGAUGUCCUAAUUGGAUAUAAUUCUGAACUAUCUGCUGUUGUGUAUGAUCCUCGCAAUGAACCACAGUCUGCUAGCCCUGAUCCUUUUACAAGUACAGAUAAUAUAACGACACCAGUUCCACCACAUGAUACCAGAAAACAAUCUCCAAGGAAACCAGAACCUAGAAAGCUAUUAACACCAGAAUCUGAUCCUGUUGUAAAUCUACCUCCAAGAAGACCAGAUCCAGUUCUACCACCAGCAGCUGUUCAUCAACCUAAACAACAUCCAACUCAAAAACCAGAACCAAUCAUCAAACCAACAGCACAGCCAACCCCCACACCACAACCAACAUUAUCUAGAACUAGUUUAAGAGAGGAGUUUAAACCAUGGGUAGAACAUCAGCCCCUUGCUGCAGCAGACAAUCCUAGCCCUAUAUCUGUUAAAGAUGCUUUUGAUUUAUAUAUUGAUCAAGUUCGAUACAUACCUGAUAAUGCUUCUAUUGUUAAGGUGACAGGACGUGUUCUACAAACAGGUGAUAUAGACAAGUUAAAUGAUAUUGCAGCUAUACCCAAUUUAGACAUGUCAGCAAGAUGUCCAGUAUUUGACUAUAGAUUAUGUAUUAAUUCAAGUAAUAAGCAAGCUAGACAAGAUAUGCUGGUCUUAUUGAGAUGUUAUACAGUAGAUAUUGUUCAAGAAACUCUCUGUGUAGUUGGAAAUUGUUUGGUCCCUCUUUUUGAUCAGAAUGGUAAACUAUUGGUAGGUGGACAUCAAUUAAGAUUAAGAGAAGGUCUUCCUGUUCAGAAUGACAAGUUAAAAGCAAGUGAUUUAGACCAACAUAUUGCUAUACCAUCUACUUCAAUUUUGAUAAGAUUAUUACCACAUACUAAGAAUCCAAUACCAGCACCAAAAUAUUCUCUAGGAUAUUAUUUGUCUGAGCAAUGUCGACCAAAUGAUUCAGAGAAAAAAAUCUACACAAGUUAUGGUAUCCAUAGAGCUUACCCUCAAACAGAGAGAGAAAUGAUCAAACGCUUACAACAAACUGAGAAAGUUAAAACUGGUCAGUCAGAUAGGUCGCUGAGAGACUGGUUAAUAGAGAGAUUGGAUAUUAAGAAGCAAUUAUCCAGUAACGAGAAACCCCAAUCAUUAAGUUUAACCAGAUGCGUUAGAUAUCGUGUAAAACAAGGCCUCAACAUAAAGAUCAACCAGGCAUUUGGCUUAAAAGGAGAUUAUUAUGUACACUGUUUUGCUAGAAUAGCACCUGGUCGUAAAGUUUUAGGUAUGGAACCUACUACUGAAGGUUUUGGUAAAGAAAGUAAAUUUAUAACAUUAAAACAUGAUAAUGAAAGUUAUCUGAUGUCACCUGUUUGGACUAGUCAACCAGAAGGUUUGCAUCCAUUUUAUGAUCCAUAUAGUUGUUUGAUCAUUCAAAUAUUUGGUUUGAAAUUAAAAUAUAAGGCUGAAUCAAGCCAUUCUAAACCAGGAGUUGUUACUGGGAUGAAAGGCGAGAAACUCAAUCUUGAUAUGGAGAAUAUUAUAGGAUGGUCUGUUGUACCAAUAUUUGAAGGAAAUUCAGUAUUGACUGGGACACACUAUGUACCAAUAUUUAAAGGCAAUCCUACAGAAGAAAUUUUAACAGAGAUAACUAAAAAUAGUGCUAAUCUUGUCUUAAGAUCUCAAACUAUACCAAAAGAAAAAUAUGAUUCAGCAAGUUUAGCUGUGACUAUGUGGGAUGCCCAUUAUGAAUUUAAUGAAAUACCAGAAUUCAAUGAUUAUGAACAUUUGUUAGAGGCAGUAGGGAAUAUCAAUGAUUAUACGGCUGUUAGAAAAAAACAAACUGGUAAAAGAUACUGUGAUUUCGUCCUGGACUCUCUGCCUCAAAAAUUAAAAAAACAGGGUACAAAAGGAAGUAUUUAUCAAAAAGAACAAGGUUUCUUUGAUUCUAUCAUGUCAAAAACAUUUUAUGAUUUGGUGGAAAGUGCUUUAAUGACUGCAGGUUUUGGGCCUUUAUAGAUGUGUUUUAUUAGUUAUUGAUAGUGUUUAAGUGGGGAGACAGUUUUAAACCAGUUAUCUUUUUAUUUGAGAUUUGUCGUGAAUUCAGAUUUUUGGAGAUUAUAAUGUCAAUAUUUUUUUAGGGUGUGUUAGUUCAGUUCAACUUUAAUGUGUCAUAUCAAUACUAAUCCCUUGAUGUACUAAAUGCAUUUACGUUUCU